GGGUGUCCCAUUCUUCCGCCUCCCCAUCCUCUGGGAACCAGUUCGCCCGGCUUCCAGCGCCACCGCGCGCGCGGAGCGGGAGUGGGAAUGGGAGUGGAAGUGGGAAUGGGAAGGCUGGGUUGUUCCUGCUCUCCCGGGAUGAGCGCGGGAGCGGGGUCUGCGCGGGGGAAAGCAGCGGAGCGCCGCGGGGGCCGCUGGUCCCCCCGCGGGGACGCGGAGCCACCGCUAACGAACGUAGGCUCGGGGGAAGGGCGAUACCUGGGAUUACCCUGGGAAAGGAGACGGAGGGGGCGAGCAGGGAGAAUGGCCGCGGCCCCCGCAGUUCGGGAGAGCAGCGAUGUGUUCUGGAGCGCUGGGCAAAGCCGCUGGUGGGGUCGGCAAGGACAGACCCACACAGGCGCUGACGCCAGCGGCCGGGGCGGGAGGAGGCGGGACGGCACUGAACUGCUGAGCUGGGAAAGCACCUACAGAGCGGCUCGUUGGUCUAGGGGUAUGAUUCUCGCUUCGGGUGCGAGAGGUCCCGGGUUCAAAUCCCGGACGAGCCCGCUGGGAAGGGGGUGCGGCAGCGCUCCUUGUUUUGCCGCCGCGGGGCCCUCCUGCGCUUUUUGCGCCUCGGGCCCGCCCGCAGCGGCACCGGGGGCGCGGGGACGGCGCCGGAGCCGGCGCGGUGUGCCGGGGUUGAGCCGCUCGGAAGGACGAGGAGCGGCCCCGCAGCGCUCUCUCGGUGGAGGAAAAGCGGGGAUCUGCGUGGGAAAAAUGGGAGCAGCGACGUCCAGUGCGAGACGAAGAGGAGCGGCCGGUGCUCGGCUAUCGGGAAGACUCAUGACUGAAAUUGUUCCUUGGCAUCCAUUCAGCUGUGGAAUAGCUCAUCAUUCCCACACUCUUCCAUCCAGAGUGUUCCUGAGAACACUUACCCUUGCACAGUGGGUGAUCCAAGACAUUCUUCUCAAGCAAAUUAUGGGAAAGCCAAGUUACAGAAGACAAGACUUAGAGGGAAUGUCGUCAAACCUCAAAGGUGGGUGGCAAGAGGAUGGUGCCAGUCUCUUUUCAAUGGUGCCCAGUGCCAGAAUGAGGAGCAAUGGCCACAAACUAAAUCACAAAAAGUUCUACUCAACAUGAGGAAGAACUUCUUUGUGCUAAUGGGCCAGAGCACUGGAACAGCUGCCCAGGGAGGUCACGGAUUCUCCCUCUCUGGAGACAUUUAACCCCCACCUGGACAUUUCUUGUGUAAUCUGUUCAAGGUGACCCUGCUUUGGCAGAAUGGUUGGGCUGGAUGGUCUCCAG